AGCAAGCCGCGCCGACCUCAGUACAGCUUCGGCCGCUGUGCCGCCUGGCUCUGGUAUUCCUUGUUCUCGGCGGGUUGUAGGGGCUCUGCGCUCCGGCCGUUAGUCAUGUCGGAUUCUGGAAGUUACGGUCAGUCUGGGGGUGAGCAGCAAAGUUAUUCUUCCUACGGAAAUCAAAGCAAUCAAGGUUAUGGACAAGCAUCACAAAGCUAUUCUGGCUACGGGCAAACUACUGAUUCUUCAUAUGGACAGAACUAUGGCAGCUACUCCAGUUAUGGACAAAGCCAAUCAGGUUAUUCACAAUCCUACAGUGGUUAUGAGAAUCAAAAGCAGAGCUCCUAUGGCCAACAAUCGUACAAUAAUAACCAGGGACAGCAAAACACGGAAUCAUCAGGAGGCCAAAGUGGAAGAGCGCCUUCAUAUGACCAGUCAAACUAUGGUCAACAAGAUUCUUAUGACCAGCAGUCAGGCUAUAAUCCACAAGGUUCAUAUGAUGAGCAGUCAAAUUAUGAUCAGCAGCAUGAUUCCUAUAAUCAAAAUCAGUCCUACCAUUCACAAAGAGAAAAUUACAGCCACCACACACAAGAUGACCGUCGUGAUGUGAGUAGGUAUGGAGAAGAUAGAGGAUAUGGCGGGUCACAGGGAGGAGGUAGAGGGCGUGGGGGAUAUGACAAGGAUGGAAGAGGUCCUAUGACAGGAUCAAGUGGUGGUGACCGCGGUGGCUUCAAAAAUUUUGGUGGUCACAGGGAUUAUGGACCCAGACCAGAUGCUGAUUCAGAAUCUGAUAAUUCAGAUAACAACACAAUCUUUGUGCAAGGACUUGGGGAGGGUGUGUCUACAGAUCAAGUGGGGGAGUUCUUUAAACAGAUAGGAAUUAUUAAGACAAACAAGAAGACCGGAAAACCAAUGAUAAAUCUGUAUACAGACAAGGACACAGGGAAGCCAAAAGGGGAGGCAACAGUGUCGUUUGAUGACCCUCCUUCAGCUAAAGCAGCCAUUGACUGGUUUGACGGGAAAGAAUUCCAUGGCAACAUCAUUAAAGUGUCUUUUGCCACCAGAAGACCUGAAUUUAUGAGAGGAGGUGGAAGUGGAGGUGGGCGGCGAGGUCGUGGAGGAUAUAGAGGCCGUGGAGGCUUUCAGGGUAGAGGUGGAGACCCCAAAAGUGGGGACUGGGUUUGCCCUAAUCCGUCAUGUGGAAAUAUGAACUUUGCUCGAAGGAAUUCCUGCAAUCAGUGCAAUGAGCCCAGGCCUGAGGACUCUCGUCCCUCAGGAGGAGAUUUCCGGGGAAGAGGCUACGGUGGAGAGAGGGGCUACAGAGGUCGUGGGGGCAGAGGUGGAGACCGAGGCGGCUAUGGAGGAGACAGAAGUGGGGGUGGUUAUGGUGGAGACAGAGGUGGUGGCUAUGGUGGGGACCGAGGAGGUGGCUAUGGUGGGGACCGAGGAGGCUAUGGUGGGGACCGAGGAGGUGGCUAUGGUGGGGACCGAGAGGGCUACGGAGGGGACCGAGGAGGCUAUGGAGGAAACCGAGGAGGCUACGGUGGGGACCGAGGAGGCUACGGUGGGGACCGAGAGGGCUACGGAGGGGACCGAGGAGGCUACGGAGGAAACCGAGGAGGCUACGGAGGAGACCGAGGAGGCUACGGAGGAGACCGAGGAGGCUAUGGAGGAGACCGAGGAGGCUAUGGAGGGGACCGAAGUGGGGGGGGCUAUGGAGGAGACCGUGGUGGUGGCGGUGGCUAUGGUGGAGACCGAAGUGGAGGCUAUGACAGGGACAGGAGUGGAGGCUAUGGCGGGGACAGGAGUGGUGGCGGCUAUGGCGGAGAUCGAGGUGGCUAUGGAGGCAAAAUGGGAGGAAGAAACGACUACAGAAAUGAUCAGCGCAACCGACCAUACUGAUGACUGUUUUGAAUGUUCUUUUGUUUCUGGCAUGAUCCAUAGUGAAAUUGCCAGAGUUUUGCCUGCUGCUUUCCUCGUGGCCUCUUCUUAGGUAGUGAAAUUAAUUGACAUUUGGAAUUUUAUUUGGGUGGGAGGGCUGGGACAGUUUUUCUUUUAGAAAUGUCUGUUGAAAUUUCCCACUGUAGUUUCCAACUUUCUCCUUCCCAACCCCUAAAGCUAAGUGCGUUGUAAAAUAUUGCCAAAAUGGAAAGUGUUUUGUAAUACUGCAAUAAAGGCUGCUUGUUUUGUGGACUUUUGUA